UUCAUUACUUAUUGCUAAAGAAAAUAUUUUAAAUGUUUGCUGUUUAAACAAGGAUAUUAUUCUACUUCAUAGUGUGUGUUUAAAGCAUCACCUGUGAUCCUGUUUGUAAGUGCAGCCCCAACAAUAACAUUUAAGCACUCAUUUAAUUAUGAUCACUUGAGAAACACAUACAUGUUUUUCAUUUAGAAGUCAAAUUAUCUGAAUAAAGUUUAAUUUAUAUGGGGAAAAAAAGACUGAUUGAGCCCUCAUAUAAAUAAUAUAACAGCUCUUAUGAUAAAUAAAUAAAAAAACAAACACAGUGUGACUCUGCUGCAGGUCAUAAAAUCCACUUUAACAUAUGAUUAUCACACAAAAUCAAAGCAGUUGUUGUUUUUAAACCGCUUUCUGUUAUUGCGAGGCAGUAAAGUUGCUUUUGACGGUUUAAAACGUCCUUCUGUAUUUUCUAAAAACUGCCCAUCGUUUCAUUUUGUCACUCUGCUGCAGCGCUCCUGGCCCUCGUCAUAAUGAAAUCAAUUAACCAGUGUAACAGUCUUGUUUCUUAGAUGUUAUGAUUUUUGUUUACAUGUAACCCAGUAAACAAAAUCAAUUCGCAUUUUGAUGCCACGCUAAACAAGAAACUAGACACUGAAUCGAGUUAAUUGUGAUGCGUCUAGUGCGCGCUCAUUGACGCGGCAGCGAGCAGCAGAACCAGUGACGAAGCAGAACAAAAGACAGUUUCACUUGUUUGAUAAAACGCGAAAUCAAACUUUCAUAUAAUGAAAUGUUCCAUCUGAAAGCCAUUCAGCCCAGUUGUAUUAGCAUUUGUAGCUGAUGUGACGUGGUAAUAAUGUCCAUGACGGGGAGUGUGAGAAAGACUGAGCUACAGUAUUACUGUGGAAAAAAGGCAUCACAGAGUUGGAGAACAAUUUGUGUUUCUGUUAUAAAUUCGUAAAUGGUACUUGGAUCUAUGCAGCCUAGCAUCGAGUGCAUUCAUCUGUGUGACUGCAAAUAAAUAUACAAAUUGAUUUAAUAUUUGAUUUUUAAAGAGAUGCGUCACUUUUGACUUGCAGAUGCCGUAUUUUUGAUAAAACCACACAAAAAUGGUCAAAUCAUCAUCAGAUAAAAGCUGAAGCUGGUAAAUACAUCCUGCAAAACAAAUACAAGUGCAGGUUGUAAAGCAGCACGUCUCCUUCAUGCCCCUGCGCUGAUAAUCACUGAUCACUGCUCAGUGCGCGGGGUGCACGGGGAGCUCGGGCUUCACGCACCAGUGCUCCACGCCCGGGACAAUAUACUUGGUGGCUGUUAAAAUGCGGGGUGGUGUGGCAGCUGAGGAGGUCUUUCUAUCACCGGACUGAAAUGAAGUCUGUGACAGCCUGGCCCCGGUACUCCUCCACUACUAGCCCCCCCAGCCCCUCCCCACCUCCCUGUCUCUCCACCUCUGCGCUAACCCUCAGGUGAAGAGCAGCAGGUGUUAAAACACCCUCAGCCACAGAGCUACUCACUCCUAAUGAGCCCUGCCUCCGCGCUCCAACCAUGCAUGGAGGACUUUAUUUUUAGUGUGGCUAGUUAGAGCCCCGCUGUCGUGGCCUGCGCUGCGCCUCUGCCAACGAGCGCGGGAGUGAGAUUAUAAAUUAAAUUGAUGAUAUUAUCACACGCCUGCUCAUCCUAAUGACGCUUGAAAACAUGUCCCUCAAGUUAAUCCUUUAGGUUGCGAAUUACUGUAAAAGGUUGAUUUUGUAAAACGUAUCAGUCCAGUUAAUAGAACAUAUGCAGCACUUCUUCAGCCCUGAAUUACAUUUACUCCAAAGCCUCUAAUUGCUAUUAUCAGUUGUAUACUCCUGGUAUUAUUUUACAUUUUCCUGCAAGUUCUGCCUUUAUUUUGUUAAUGCCUUUGCUCACAGCCGCCGUUCAGUUUGCAGAUACUAUAAUCGUGGGAAAAUAAUGACAGUUAUCAGUCGCACCCACCAAGUACCCAUAAAAAUCUGUCCUCUGUUCUGGAAGAUGAUAAUUAUUGGUUGUACUACCAUUAUCACUGUCGUUGUUGAUAGAGGAUAUCUUGAAGCAUUUUUCCAAAGUAAUCCCAGAGAAAUCACUUCAAAUUGGCCUGUUUUAGGGGACAAGGAACCAGGCUUCGUUAUAGCCUAAUAUUUCACAGAAAUCUUUAAAUCCAGGCAUCAGCAGCCGCCUGGCACACAGUGGCACACGCGCCGUGAUGUCAGCGCCUGCAUUUUGAUAACACAUUUCGCAACUUGCUAGUUCUGUUUUGAGUUCAAUUAUGUAAUUAUACUGAUAAUCACAGUGACGGAAUUUAACUGCCUUUAAUGCGUUAUUCAUGUGGAGAUGGAGGGACACUGAGGACGGAGCAGCCAGGCUGUGUUUAAGAUCUGCACAGACACCAGAGAAAGAGCUGCAGCGUGCAAAUGAAUCCUAAUAAACGGAAGAACUACAGGAUUCUUUCUUCUUCUUCUUUCACCAAGUCAGUCCUGCGGCUUGACCCCGGAUAACGAGGAUGCAUCUCCUUCAUUUACGCCAUAUUUUUUUAAGUAAGUGGACACAAUAUUCUUUUUUUAGCUGCUGAUUGAAAUUGAGAUUUCUAUAUUUUAUUCUGGUUAAACUUGCAGUGGUCUUGCUUGAGCUUUAAAUUGUGGAGGUGUAAGUCUGGUGCUCAAGAAAAAAUGUCUCCUGUUAUGUCAGUCGUCAAUUCAAUUAAAUCAAAUGUCCGUGGAUAAUUGUUCUUGUGGGAGGCUGGCCGCACCCCCAUCCUCACUUAGGUGUGUUUAACAAAACCGCGACCGUUAAUUGAUCGCGAUAGAAAGUGCGUAAAGUCGCCAGAAGAGCAAUUUAAUGUGAUAAGAAAAUCGGUUUGCAUACGUUCAUGCAUGGUUGUGUUCAUAAAACAGGGUGGAUAAAUUCAUCUGUGCAAGAAAGUGAUCAGUUUCGACACGAUUAGUUUGUAUGUUAUGAUACAGAAUCAAUAUGAAGUUGUACUGAACGUUUAAAAGAAGGCUGCAUAGAUCACUUUUAUUUCAUUACACAUUAAUUGUCACGCAGUUAAUAAAAAAAAAUCAAUAGUUUUGCAGUGUUUUUAUGUAGUAUGGAGGCUGUGAUGUUGCUAUAUGUUUGAGGAUAUUUCCAACCUGAUUAGGCCUGUACCUGAACCAACAAACCUCAUAAGACAUCAGAGCAAACGCCCCAUUGCAGGUGUAACUGAGACCUCCAGCUACUCUAAGUACAUGACUAAUUACAGACCUACUUAUGAAAAUUGAACACUAGUGUUAUGCUAAUACAGCUACCUCCCGAUAGAGCGUUAUGAGCUUUAAUCAAACUGGCCAUCAGAGAAAGCAGCUUUAACUUCAUUAAAAGUCCAUUUUGUUUUCAUUUUCAGCUUGGGUUUAUGUGCAAUAUGUUAGUGUAUUAUCGACCGCUGUGUCAAUAUAAAUGGCAAUAUAUUGAUUGUUAUUCCAAAUUUUGGAUAGUGUUGACACAAAUGUGCGUUGGAAAAAAAAAUCACCUUCGAAUGCCCAAUAUUGUCAUUAUUAUCGAUGUUACCGUUUGAUGAAUUGUAAAUAAUAAUCAUAAUAAUCGUGAGUCUUGACAUGCAAGAGUAAACCAGAGGGUCUGUGGUUUUCCUUGACUUUAUCAGGUUCUUCGGACCCAGCCCCAGCGUCUCCAAUCGGCUUUCCUCUUGGAGACGACGGACCAAUCAGCGGCUUUCUUUGGUGAAUAUUCAUGAGUCCGAGAUUCAAACCUUUCAGCGAGUAUGUCUUGGUCCACAUCAUCAUACCUAGGACUUUUCACAGGCACAAACUACAUUUUCUUAUGAAUGGAAAGAGAAAAAAUCAGUUCGACUUAAAUUGGGACCCAUCCUUCACUGAGAUCACUGAGGGAAAACAACAAAAGCACGACAAAGAGAACCGCCAGAAGAGAUGACAAUGACUACGAUUCCAGAAAGUCUUAAUAGCCCUGCCUCAGGAAAAACCGUUUUCAUGGAGUUUGGACCCCCGAGUCAACAAAUGUCGCCUUCCUCCAUGUCUCACGGACACUAUCCCAUGCACUGUUUACAUUCUGCAGGUCAUACCCAGCACGACAGCUACAGUCCAGCCUCAUCGUUCCCCAGAUCGUUGGGUUAUCCAUACGUGAACUCCGUCGGCAGCCAUUCCACCAGUCCAUAUCUCAGCACAGUACAGACCUACCAAAACAGCUCGGCUCUCACACAGACACGGUUAGAGGAUACAGCGCCAGAAACCGAGAAAAACACAGUGGUCGAAGGGGGAGAGGUUCGAUUCAACGGGAAAGGGAAAAAGAUUAGAAAACCAAGGACUAUCUAUUCGAGUUUACAACUUCAAGCUCUGAACAGGAGAUUUCAGCAAACUCAAUAUUUGGCAUUACCGGAGAGAGCUGAGCUGGCAGCGUCGCUGGGCCUCACUCAGACACAGGUGAAGAUUUGGUUUCAAAAUAAACGAUCUAAGUUCAAGAAACUCAUGAAGCAAGGCGGUGGCACAAUUGACACCAACGCUUUAGCCACCGGCCGUGGACUUUCGAGCGGGUCUCCCUCGGUGGCACCUGUCUGGAGCUCCCCGAGCACCGUGAAGACUUCAGUGGGAACAACAGGGUCUUACAUUCCCAGCUACACCUCGUGGUAUCCAACCACACACCAAGAGUCUAUGCAACAGUCACAGCUCAUGUGAACAGACCUCAGCCUUCGACUCUGCCGUGGCUCGUGUAUCAGGACGGUGACGCGGUCUAGAGCCGUUCAGCCGCGGCCCAGCACUGACAAUGCUCUACACCACCGCGGAGUUCGCUGCCGUUUGCCGCCAACUGACACAGUGGCCUCCUCAUACUGGCUGCGAAGAAGAAGGGACUGAGAGGGCGCGCACUGCCCCAAGGGCAAGUCCGUGACAGUCAGCGGAAAUCGCAGACAAAUGGAUCCUUUUUUUUUUUGGCUGCUGUUGAUCACUUUUGUUCAGUUUCAAUUUUUUCUAAUCAUAUUUGUGUGAGUUUUUCUGUGUUGAGCUGUAGGCUACAUGUUUAUAAGAAAACACGCGUUUGUUUACGCCAGAUGUUUACGCCCAACAUCUGCAUUCAUCGACAGUCGAUUAGGCCACGGGGUGUGUCUUUGACCAGACAGUGGGCUAAACAUGAAUAAAUUCCACCAUGCAGUAACCAUCACGGCCGUUCCAGCACAUUCACCCCCCAGAACAUAUUGUGCAAAGCCUCAAGUUGCUACUAUGUUGUUUAUAUGUUUGUUAUUUAAGUUAAAUUAUUCAGACUAGUUUUUCUGUUGAGGUCAGUCUGUGUUCUUUUUGUAAGCGUGUUUGAAACAACAACAGUGUUGUUAAUGCUGCACUAACGCAAGCAGAGCUUUUCUAUGCCGUGCCCCGAUGUUAUGUGAACAAUGUAAAAGGCCUGACGAUUUGCUGCUUUAGAGGGGAAAAAAAAAAGAUCUUGAAGGCGAGAGCAGCCCAUGUCACUGUAUUUUGUACAUAAUUUUCAAAUUUGUUUUGUGCUGUACUGGAUACGCUGUGAACCAGGGUUUUAGGCUUUCUGUAUUCGUCCAGAUGUGUUUAGUCCAUAUAGAAAAUAUUUAGUUUUGUAUUGAUCGCUUUAAUUUAUUGAUCUGUUUCUGAAGUUUAUGUACAU